UAUAAAACCCCUUCUUCCCAGUUCCCUUCCUCAAAGGUUGCUUUAGGAUCAUCAACAAUGGAGAAAUAUACAAAAAACGUUCUACUGACCUCCAACGGCGAUGAAAUUUCUGUGAAUAUCGCUCAUCAUCUAGCCAAAAGAGGAUGCAGGCUGGUUUUAAUGGGCGACGAGGGUACGCUGAGAAAAGCAGCGGCGAAGAUAUCCGGCAUGUUGAAUGGAGAAUCGAUGAUUGAAGUUGUUGGAUUAGAUAUGGAAGAUGAGAAAGAAACCGUGUUCGAUGCAGCUGUGGAAAAAGCUUGGAAAUUGCUAGGGAAUCUGGAUUCAUUGGUUCAUAGCUAUUCAUAUGAAGGGAAAAUGCAAGAUCCCCUUAAUCUGAAUGAAGGGGAGUUCAGAAAGAUUGUAAAGAUCAAUUUCAUGGCGGCUUGGUAUCUAAUGAAGGGUGUUGGAAAAAGGAUGAAGGAAGGAAAGAAAGGUGGGUCGAUUGUGUUCUUGACUACUAUACUGGGUGCAGAGAGAGGCUUGUAUCCAGGUUCUGCUGCAUAUGGGGCAUGUCUGGCUGGGGUACAACAACUGACCAGGUCAUGUGCGAUGGAGAUGGGGAAGCACCAGAUAAGGGUGAAUGCGAUUGCUCGCGGUUUGCACAUAGAAGAUGAGUAUCCAAAAUCAGAAGGUAGAGAAAGAGCAGAAAAGUUAACUGCUGAGGUGAAUCCAUUGAAGAGAUGGCUGGAUGUGAAGGAUGAUGUUGCGUCCACUGUUAUUUACUUGAUCAGUGAUGGUUCGAGGUACAUGACUGGAACAAGUAUAUUUGUCGAUGGGGCUCAGUCAUUGGUCAGGCCUCGUAUGCGUUCUUACAUGUGAUUAAAUUUAAAACUGGUCGGUCGGUCGGUCGGUCUCACUCACACACAGUUGACUGUAGUGUGUGUUGUGUGAGAGUGUAGUAACAAAUUCAUUAUCCUUUUUUAUAAUAAGAGACAGACAGACAGACAUCAUGAGAUCUAAUGAUUUUUAUUUUAUACCUUAAACACGAUCAAGCUAUGGCCGCCCAACUAAGAGGCUCU